UGGGAAUGGAAACUGAGAACCUCUUCUAAGUAUUAUAUUUAAUAACAAACCAUCUUUACCAUUUACCAUUCGUACGGUCUUAUGGCAACAUUCGAGCUGUUUUUGAUUUGAAAUAGCGGUCCUGCAAGGUCUGCGGCAGGUUCUGGUUGCAAUUGCGCUUUCGCCCUCGCAAAUAAAUCCAGGAGGGAGGGCACGGAUUGUAAUAGGUACAUGUAGCUGCCUCUAAGAUAUGGCAGCACCAGUGAAUCAUGUCCGCGGUCUCGUCGGAACCGCCCAAAACCUCCGCCAAAUAUUCCUACAGUUAGCAGAUUCACAAGCAGCCCGGUUCGCUGAGCGUCAGAUCACGCGAAGACAGAUAAGAUGUUAUCGUUUCCAACCCGUUCGGCAGCAACAACCUAUGGCUCCGCGCGCAGAACCCCAGAUAAUGAGACGACCCCAACCUCGGCCAGCAAAUCUCCAGCAGAAAUACGGACCACAGAAAGAUGCAAAUGACAGUAGGGACCACAACGGCCUUAUAAAGGACGAGGCCAUUCCCGCGCGGAGGGUCCAGAUAGUGAACGAAGACGGGUCACUUGGGGAUCCAAUUCCCUUGGGGGCUGCCUUACAUACGUUUGACCGCUAUGUAAACAUUCUUCUCCAGGUUGCUCCCGAAACCGCCGAACGCCCCGCUAUAUGCAAAAUCACGAGCAAGGGGGUAUUGCAGCAAAAACUACAAGCAAAAUCAAAAGCACCUAAAGACCCUAGCCGCGCGUUAAAACAGGUCGAGCUCAACUGGGGUAUCGAUGGCCAUGACCUCUCACAUCGAAUGAAAAUGGUGGAGUCAUAUUUCGAGAAAGGGAAGAAGGUGGAAUUCAUAUUGCUGCAGAAGGAUAAGAGGAAGAAGACACUGCCUACACCGGACAAAGCCCGAGAACUGGUUAAAACGGUAAAAGAGCAGAUUGCAGAGAUGGGCGCCGUGGAGACUAAGAAGAUGGAAGGGACAUUACUGGGCCGACUCACUAUAUAUGCUGAAAAGCCGAAGAAGCCAUGACAUCCUGGUGAAGAGAGUUCUUGUAUUAUAUUAUAUCACAGACAUGAAGGACUUAUAUGCCCAAGAAUGGCUGGACCUGAUUGAUUGAUCUGUACCAUGAAUGAUAUAUCCCAAAUUAGACAUAUUUUUAAUUCUUCAGCUAUUUUGAACAAACAAGCCUAAUUUUCAAAUUGUAACCCUAUGUACUCGAGAUAUCCAUCAUUAUAGUUC